CAGUUCUUUGGCAUUGUGAAAGGUAAAUCCAAUGGCGACAAAGAAUGCACAGGACUACUUAGGAAGGAAGGACCCUUAUUAUCCGAAUUUCGAAAAAUUAAAAUCGGCGACCACAACGUCUUGCAUGAAUUGGAAACAAUACGAUACAAUGGACCACAUUGUUUUGUUUGA